GUGACCCAGUUCCGUUCCUUGCUGCUGUGGUCUCUGGGCCGCCGGGGUCGGUGAAGGAUCUCAAGAUGGCUGCGCGAAAACUUGCUCUAAAAUCCAUUGACUGGGUAGCUUUUGGGGAGAUCAUACCCCGAAACCAGAAGGCCAUUGCUAACUCCCUGAAAUCCUGGAAUGAGACCCUUACCUCCAGGUUGGCUACUCUCCCUGAGAAACCACUUGCUAUCGACUGGGCUUACUACAAGGCCAAUGUGGCGAAGGCUGGUUUGGUAGAUGACUUUGAGAAGAAGUUUAAUGCCCUGAAGGUUCCUGUGCCAGAGGAUAAAUAUACUGUUCAGGUGGAUGCUGAAGAAAAAGAAGAUGUGAAAAGUUGUGCCGAGUUUUUGUCUCUCUCAAAGGCCAGGAUUGAGGAAUAUGAAAAAGAGCUGGAGAAGAUGCGGAACAUAAUUCCAUUUGAUCAGAUGACCAUUGAGGACCUGAAUGAAGUCUUUCCAGAAACCAAAUUAGACAAGAAGAAGUAUCCCUAUUGGCCUCACAAGCCAAUUGAGAAUUUAUAAACUUGAGUUGGGGAGAAAGCUCUGGCCCUCGUAUUGUAAAUGCUGGACAUUAAAAAUAAUGAUAUGG